AGCGCAUUGGUGUUGUUCUUCCCGAGGGUCCUCGUCGCCACGAACCAUCGGGCGACGGAAGCAUGGCGGAGAGAGCAGAUGGAGACCUCGUCGCGGGCAAGAAGCGACGGGCACAGGACGCCGAUAAGGGCGCAGGACCGUGGCCGCCGACCGCUGUGAGCGCUGGGCCGGCGUUCGUGCCGAAAGUGCGGCUCGGCAAGCGGUACCAAGCGACGAUUCCGCCGCUGCAGUCGGCGAGCGACGGCGCCGCGACGACCGCGCGGGCUCGGAGAGCCGACGACGACGACGACGAGAACGACGACGGCGACAUCGAGAUGGACCCGAGCUCGGUGAGCGCGAGCCCGAGCAUCCCCCACCAGGUGUAUUCGAUGGCUGCGCUCAAAGGCGACAAGCACGUCGACAAGUACAUCAAGUUUGCGACCUCGCUUUGCAACGGGUACAUGCAUGGCACGGUGCACGCGACGACCGCAAACGCGCUCUCGUACCUGCACCGCCACGGCAACGACCCGGUCUCGGCCGCCUGCCACCUCUACGCCGCCCACGGCUUUGCCAUGCUGCCCGAGCCGCGCGCGACGGACGACGCAAACGCGAAAAAGUCGCAAAAGGCCAAGAUCCAAGAGUGGAUGGUCCGCGCGCUCACGGUCAUUGGCCACGACGUCAUCGACGACACAAGCGUGCGCGAGAUGCAGGAGCUCGUCCGGUCGUGCCCGCCGUCCGAAGCCGAAAGCAAGGAGCUGUACGUUCUCAAGGCGACGCUCCAGCGCGUCGACGACUGGCAGCAAGCGUGCGUGGAUCUCGGCGGGCGCAAGUGCACGGUGGCCGACAUCCAAGCGUUGCUGUACACGGCCAAGGACCUCCGCUGCGUCUUGUCGGAGCGCGACGUGCUCAGCGCGCGUGUCGCUGCGUUCGAAGACGCCAAGAGCAGCCUCUUUAAAACAAUGUACGACCGUCCGAAAGGUCGCAAGAUGGUCAAGAUCGAUCUGCGCACGCUCAAGGAGCUCCUUGGUCAUGUACAGCAGUACGCGAUCCACUUUGGCCAAGAAGACACCCUCGAGCGCAUCAUCUCGGACGCCGAGGAUCUGGAGGCGCAGAUCUCGUCGCUUUUGGCGAUGGAGAAGGUGAGCGUGCCGGCCAUCCGGGACAUUCUCGCUCGUGUCGAGGGGGUCCCCGUCGACCUGCAGAGCAUCGUCGAGCCGCUGAAAUCCAAGAUGGUGUCGGCGCAAAAGUGGCUCGAGCGCGCGCGCAAGUGCAUUCCGCCGACAAAGCGGCAGUCGUCGCGCAACAUGCAAGAGGCCGGUCGGUCCAAGAUGGACCUUUCGACGGUCCACGACCUCGUUAAGAACGCGCCGAUUGACGACCAGUCGUCCGAGAUGCAGGAGAUGGAGGACCUCCUCGCGUACGCCGACGAGUGGUCGUCCCGCGUACAGAGUGCGAUUGCCGACGCAAACGUCGCCACCAUCUCGGUGGACGCGCUUCGCGAACUCUUGGACGAAGGCCAUGACAUGCCUGUCGUCAUGGAGCAGACGUCCCACCUCGCUGCCAUCAUCGAAGGCCGCGAGUGGGUCGACGAAGCCACACAAGCGUUGGCCGAGAAGAGCUCGCUCGACCGCCUCCGCCACAUCAUCAAAGACGCACAAAAGCUACGGAAGCGCAUGCACCCCACGAGCCGCGAGCUCUGGAAGCCGAGCGUCGAAGCCGAGAUGCUAGUGUGCAUCGAGCAAGCGGAUGCUUGGCUCUCGGAAUUGCACGAGCUCCUAGGAUCCGCGACGUGUGCGCGCCUCUUUGCUGGCGAGUCGAGUCGGGUCAAGGGACCAAAGCACACAGUGGCCACCAAACCGUCGGUCGCUGCUGUCCAAGCCAAGCUCAGCGAAGCCACCUCGUUGCGCGUCGACGUCAGCGCGUACAUUGAGCCGCUCGAAGGCCUUCUCGGAAAAUGUGCCGAGCUCGAAGCGCUCUGUGCAGCGAGCCUCGACACCACGGACGGCGACCAGGCGUUCCAAAAAGCCUUGGCGGCGCUCGAGGCUUUGGACGCCUUUGCGUGCUACGUCGCCAAGACGGACGACCUGCGCGCUGCCGUCGUCACGUCACGGGAUUGGCUCACGCGCGUGCGCGCCAUCUGCAAUGCCAAGCAAGUGUCGGGCCGGCGCCUCACGAAGCGCAGCAGCACCUCUGGCAACGACCACGGCGUCAGCGCCGACGUGCUCAUGGCGCUCCAAGCGCAGUGCGACUCGCUCGUGUACCGUUUCCCUGACGACGAAGCCGCCCUCGCCGCCGAGAUGGCCGCGUCAGUGACGUGGCAAGCGCGCGUGCAAGAUUGGUUUACCGACAGCGUCCCGUCGCUGCUCGCCGCGUGCGAUACGUUGCGCUCGAUGGACACGCAGUACGUGGCGGCUCGGCGUGCGUCGUGGGACCGUCUGCAGCUACGCAUUGCGGCCGCACCGUCGUCGCCGCUCCAAGCUGCUGUGAGCAACGCUGCCGAAAUGACGGAAGAGAACCAGGACAUGGAGGACAAGGUCGACGUCCGCUGUGACGCGACGCCGGUGCCCAUGAUUGCGCACACCACGGAGCUGCCGUCGCUCGACUCGUCGAUCGUGGUCGACAUUGUGCGCAUUCUCUCGGGCACGCGUCAGAAAGAGUCGAGUGACGCGGCGACGUCAACGGUCGACUGGCGUCCAAUUGCAGACGCGAUCGAGACGGGCCUCGGGUACAUUGCAGCCCUCGAGACGCGGGUCAAGGACGACGAGCCCGAAGUUGAGACGAGCGACGCUGAGAAGGAUGCCGUCCACAUCGUCGAAGCGGCGGCCGCGCGUGCACUCGAGCUCCUCGGGCAGUCGAAUGCGAGCAUUGCGACGACCGAGGCGUCCAUGCUGCAGGCUCUGGUCAAGGCGCUCGACUGGUUCAGCGAUGCCCGCGCCGUUAUCCAAGGCGAGAACGUGCACACGCUGACCAAGAUCGUCGAGACUGGUAGUGCGCUCAUGGCCUCGAGCUCGCUCCCGUCGUCGCACUUGUGGAAUGCAAGCCUCUUUUGGCCGCUGCCGCUGCUCGAAACGCAGCGCACCGACACGCAAGCGUGGAUCACAUCGCUCGAGUCGCGACUCAACAGCAACGCAUUCCCGCUCCAGGACGUCGAGACAGCGAUCGCGCAGGCGGACGCGCUUCAGGCGGACGACCGCGUGCUCUGGGUCGAGCUCAAGAAGACAAAAAUGUGGCUGCUCAAAGCGAAAAAGACCCUCAAACCACGGAUCUCGACCAGUACACGCAUGCCGCUCCAUGCUGCGUCGGCACUCGUCGAAGACGGGUCCAAGCUCAAGGUGAUUGCGACCGCGUGGAGGCAUUUGCACACGCACGUCGUACAAGCGUCGGCGUGGGAAGAGCGACUCAAGGCGUCCGGGCUGGAUGCUGGGCACGCCAAGGUCGCCGUCCUCGUCGACCUUCUCCACGAGUACACGACUGGUCGGUUCCUCGUCGACUUUGACAUGCACCGCGACGUACUCGUGUCGGCGACGGAGCAGUACUGUAUCUGCCGACAGCCGUACGACGGCCUCAUGAUCGGCUGCGACCUCUGCGACGACUGGUUCCACGAUACGUGCAUUGGCCUCUCGAAAGAAAAGGCCGAGAAGGUCGAGGACUAUGUGUGUCCGUCCUGCGGCCUUCUUCAAGAGCUCAAGCACCUCCUCGACGGGAUCGACGGCUCCACCAAGCAGCUGUUUGAGCUUGAGGACAAGGCCCAUGAGAAGGCAUUUAGCGUCGCGAUGCGCAAGGUCAAGAAGGAAGAGCGCGAUGUCGACAAGGCGCAUGUCGCUGUCAUGGAGCUUCAGGCCCAAGUGACGGCGAUUGGCCAGCACGUCCAGUACCUUGAGAAGAUGCACGAAGAGACUCCGCCCAAGUACCUUCCAUCGAUCGCGCUGCCGUUUCCGCAGCACCCGUCGCCGACCGGGAUGCAGCCCCUGUACAAGGCGUCGUCGUAUGCGGCGCCCAUGCUCCGGAGUCCGUACCAUAACCACGCGUCCGGGUCGUCCAUGAGCAGUCUUCCGCCGCUGCAGCCGCUUCCGAGCAUCAUGGCCAAGACGAACGGCCUCCCGCCACUGCUUGUAGACCACCACAGCAGCAUGUACCACCACCACAGCCACCAUCCGCCGCACCACCACCCGCCGCACCACCCGCCGCCGCCGCACCACGCACCGAUCCAGUCCAAGCCCAUGGACGCGGCGCCGAGCGCUUCGGGUACGACGCCGCAAGAAAUCGAGCUCACGCGCUUCAAGAUGGAGCACUACAAACUCAAGCAGCUGGCGGCCGAAGCCGAAGUGACCCUCGAGAAGGGCAAGGAGCGCGCGGUCGCCGCUCGUGGCGGCAUUGAGACGCUCAUCUCGAACCGCGACGUGCUCUUGCCGCAGGCGCAGGCGUGGUGGCGCAUGGCUUGUGCGCACCUCGCGUCGCUCGUCACCGAGAAGGAGGCGUUUGACCUCAAGCAGCUGCGCGUCGUGGCUUCCAUGUGCGAACCGUACAAGGCGACGUUCACCUCGGUGGCGCUCAUGCAAAAGGUGCUCGUGACGAUUCCGUGGACGGUGGAGGCCGUCUCGCUGCUGCACGGCCACCCCAAGCCGGCGUACGAAGGUCUCGACCGCGUGCUCAGCGAGAGCUCGCACGAUCCCAAGGCGCUCUCUGCCCUCCGCGGCGUCCUCACGCGCAUGGACGCGUGGGUCUCCAAGACCAAGAAGAUCGUGGCCAAGCUCGUCAAUACGGGCAAAAAGCUCGAGAACGCCAAGAUCCAAGUCGUCCUCAACGAGUACAUGAAGCUGCCGCUCACGUGUCCGUGGGGCGCGCGGCUGCAGUCGUUCAUGGCCGACGUGGCCGAGUGGGAGGCGUCGGGCGCGACGCCUGUGCUCAUGCCGACGCUCUCGAUCACGCCGCCGAGCUCCCCGGUUGCGACGGCGCCGAAACGCAAGGCUAAGCCCAGCAGUGGGUCCAAUCCCAAGCGCGUCAAGUGCGAAGACGACGUCUCGAAGCGGUCCAAGGCCAAGGCCGCCAAGGCCAAAAAGGCUGAGAGCGCCAAGUGCGGCGACGACGAUGCACAUAUGAGCGACGUAGCCGAAGCGCCGCCUCCGCCACCGAGCGCGCCGUAACCAUCUGCGUGUACCGACGACGCGGUCGUGGAAGUGCUCCAAAUAAUCAAACCUCCGUGUCACCACCACUUGCACUAUCAGUGCAUGUAUAGUAGACCUCAUGACCACAGAGUGAGGACCGCGUAAUGGAAGCUCAUCACUGCAGUCGCA